AUGUCUUUACUGCCAGCAGAAAUCGCACAGUACUCUGCCAUCAUCGACGACAUUCUCCGAAACUGCGACCUCGCAACGAUCUCUGCCAAGAAGAUCCGCAAGGGCCUACAGGAAGCGCUGAACCAGGACAUUUCCGACAAGAAGGAACAAGUCAGCGCCCUGAUUCUCCGACGAUUCGACCACUUCGAAGCCCUCACCAAAUCCUCGCCCCCGCCGGCUGCAACCCCCACCGGCGCGAUCAAGAGCGAGGCCGUGAAGCACGAAAGCACAAGCCCCAGGUCUUCCCGCUCCCCCAAAUCCGAGCCCCGGUCGGACUCGGAGGACGCGCCGCCACCCAAGAAGAAGCGGAAACAGGCUGCUGCUGGGGGCCAGAACGACGACGCGAAGCUCGCGGCGAGGCUGCAGGCGCAGGAGAACCGGAGCACGCGAGCAACCCGCGGGGGCGCGGCUGCUAAGAAGGUUGUGAAGAAGGCCAAGAAGCCGAGGAAGAAGAGCGAGAAGAAGAUUGCGAAGGAGGACGAUAGCGAGUUGGAGAUUGGCAGCGAUGGGGAGGUCAAGGAGAAGCCGAAGAAGGGAGGCUUUCAUAAGCAGUAUUCUCUGAGUGCGCCGCUGGCGAACGUGAUUGGGGAGCCGACGCUCUCGAGACCGCAGGUAGUCAAGAAGAUCUGGGAGUACAUCAAGGCGCGGGAUCUGCAGGAUCCGGCCGACAAACGCCAGAUCCUCUGCGACGACAAGCUGCAGAUGGUGUUCAAGACGGAGAAGGUGCACAUGUUCACCAUGAACAAGAUCUUGAGCAAGCAGCUAUAUGAUGUCGAGGAAUAG